AUGUCUGCUCCUUCCUCGACAGAGCAAAUCCCCCUUGAAAUUUUCUCCAGCGAGCUCUUGAAGCCGCAGCAUUUUGAUUGGGCCGAAGAGUCCGACGAACUCGACCAGCAGGUUGAUGAUGUGCACCCCAGCGACAUUCUCCGGUCCCAAUCAUCUCUUUGGGCGGAUGAAUCUGAGGAGCUGGAUGAUCGCACAAACACCACCGAUGGAAAGGACAAGGGCGGCAUGGCGGCCAUUGCCGACUGCGAGGCGGAGUUCAAGCGCCGCGCUCGUAUGUACGAGUACGAUGAAGAUAUUCAUCACUUCAACUGGUUGGGCAACCCAGUUUACCACUCGGUGACCACCCCUCCAGCCCACUCCCUGGCGAUUAUCAGAGCGCCGCCAAAGGCUCCAACAGGAAGCCACAUGUAUCGAGUAACCGCCAUAAUGAACCGCGCCAUGCAACUAGUGGACCCGGUCCUGGUUGACAAGGACCAAGACGCAGGGCUGGUACUUGAGUUGCAUGGGUCGGAGCUGAUCCGGGAGUCCGAGGGCCAUGUGUUCAAGUUUUAUUCCCCACACGGCAGCUGGGUACACGACAGCCCCGAGGGUACCCGGGGGAUCGUCCCAGACUACGGGACUGCUGCCCGAAAUUGCCAAUUUGAGAUUGGCAAUGGACUUUACGAGGAUGGUCCCCUCCAUUCGUCUCGAGAAUGGCUGCAGUGGCGGGCCGAGAUGGUGGCUGCCGCCGAAGCUCCUGGUGGCCCACCGGCCAAGUUGUCCUUGCCCCGGCCCCCGUCGCUCCUGAGGAACACGGAGACGGUCCACUACCCGCAGCCGGAGCCGGAGCCCACGCCUCCUCCUCCACUCUCCCCCACACAGGCUCCAAACCCAAUGGUGAAGGGUUUGGCAAUCUUGGCCGCGAAAGCCUGGAGCUGGGUCCGAGGCAGACACCAUUCUCUGGUGCCUGCGUCGAGAAGGGUUGGUUCGAAUCUCAUUGCCAUUGUCGGCAAUGCCAUCUGGGCUGCCAUCCAGCCCAGGAUGGACCUUUUCCUGGCUUGGCUCUUUUUGUUUUGA